AUGGACCCGCCGGAUCCGAGGGGUCCUCCACUGGACCCCUUGACCCCAAGAACAUUGGCCUCCAUGCAGGGGGCUUUGGCCCAGCGCCGGGCGCGUGUUGAGCAGCAGGAGGUCUGGGAGGGCUAUGGUCGAGAUGACGUGCCCAGCUUCCCCGAGGACGACCAGCACCGCCACAGGGAUUGGGCCAGUCAGAAUGCAACCAAGCUAAAGAUUGCUUCUCCCCUGGAUUCUCCCAGGGGGCUUGGAGGAGCCGAGGAUUCUGGCGCUGUGCCGCCGAUGUCAGAGAUGGCCGAGGCUUCGGAGGAGGUGCGACCCAGAAUUUGUGGCACCAGACGUCCGGAACGGCUGGAGGAGCCCGAUCAAGAGAUGUGGGAACCGUUUGCCACCCCAUCCAGGACGAUUCGCGGGGGCUCGAUGAGCAGUGCGAUCGACCAGGACAGCGAUGUCUUCCAGACCCCGCUAUCCACAAGUGAGGUAACUCCAGCUGCAACUCCGCCAGAGUUGGACGCAGAGCGCGAGCGGCACAUGUAUGUCCAGGGCUACCCGGAGUCAGGACAACUUCCAACCGCAGUUCCAGAGGCACCGGCAAGGCCCGUGGCAGGAGAAGCACCGUCAACAGAAGCACCGCCAGCAGAAGCACCAGCAGAAGCACCAGCAGAAGCACCAGCUGCAGAAGCACCGGCGGCAGCAGAAGCAGCUCCGGCGACAGCAGAAGCACCGGCGGCAGCAGAAGCAGCUCAUGCGACAGCAGAAGCACCGGCGGCAGCAGACGCCCCGGCGACAGCAGAAGCACCGGCGGCAGCAGAAGCUCCGGGGGCAGCGGAAGCACCGCCAGUAGCGGAAGCACCGGCCGCGGAAGCACCGGCAGUGGAAGCACCGGCAGCAGAAGCACCGGCAGCAGAAGCACUGGCAGCAGAAGCACUGGCGGCAGAAGCACUGGCAGCAGAAGCACCAGCAGCGGCUGCGCCAGCUGAGCCCAGGGUCGGAGAGGGGGAACAGGAUGAUCAUGAUUCCGAAUCGUAUGAGGGGUCGGAGUAUGAGGACGCAAGCAGCAUGUACUCGGAGUCUCAUGGUUCCAGAGACAAUGCUGAUCACAGCGACUCAGAGCGAGAGGAUAGCUAUGCCUCAAGCGAGGCUUCCGGCCAUGCAGGCCGUGAUGGCCGUGAAGGCCGUGCUGGCCGUUCAGGCCGCAGGGAGCGCCCACACGCUGAGGCGGGUGUAUCAGGUGGAAGCGAGGCAGAGGAUGAGGAGGAAUCAAACAUCUCUAAUGAAGGCAGCGAAGCGCACAGUGACGAACAGUCCGCACUGUCAGGGUCGGAGCAGUGCGAUCAUUCCGACCAGUCCGAGUAUUCAGAGUAUUCCGAGCACUCCGAGCACUCAGAGCACUCAGAACACUCAGAGCAUGAGGCAAGCGACGCAGAGGAUCCUGGUGAUCUUGGGCCUGAGCCCAAGCCAGAGCCAGACACGGCAAGUGCAGGGCUUGAGGUGGCUCAAGCUGAUGCAGCCGGGGUGCCUGACAGCCAGUCCGAGUGCACCCAGGAUGAAGCAGCGGAUGUUGGGCCAAAAGCAGAAGCCCCACACCGGCUUGCUACUGAAGCGUCGUUCUACAGCUGUGCUUCGAGCGCGUCUGACUCGAACCAGCCAGAGACGGAGCCAGGCGGCAGCUUGGCCGUGAAUUCUCCGCAGGACAGCUCAGGCGAAGAGGCCGACUCCCGCCUCGUAGACCAGCUCCUGCACAGCGUCGAGGUAACUAGUCCGAAGGCCGAGGUGGUCAGGGACGCAGGCGCUGGCACCCAAGUGGCGGAGCUUGAGCAGCGCGCCCGUGAGGCCAAAGCGGCGGAGCAGCCCACGCAGUCCGGUCAGAGCGUGGCGGACUCCGAGCAGCCAGAGGCGGAGGGGGAGCAGACUGACAGCGCCGAGCCCGAGUCGCGCGUGGCAAGGGCAGGGUCCACUGCUUCUGCCACGGAGCACUUCGACAUUGGAAGUGACAUAGAGAAGGAGAGCAGCAAUGCCUCAAGCUUCUUGGAGCGCAUUGGCUUCAGCCGCGGCCAGCAGUCCGCCGGUUCAAUCCUCACGGUGCCGGAGCACCCCGUGUCAGUGGAACACUAUCUCAUCAGCAGUGAUGCUGAGCACAAUGAUGGGCAGGAUGGGAGCUUGUCCUCGAGGAGUGUUGAAAAGUUGGACCUUCCUGAGCUGCCUGACCCGGAGCAGGCUGCGGAGAUGCACAGGAGCACGAGUUUGGCUUACAUGGCCAGCCAAAUUGCAAGGAGCAACGCCGAGAGGAUCAUGGCAGAGCUCUAUGCCGCCGAAGUUCGUGCUAGUCCAGAUGUAAGCCCAGAUGCGGACAAGUCCCCUGCAAGCACAGAUGCGGACAAGUCCUCUGCACAGGCCAGCGGGGCACAUGCGGAGCCCGCCGAGCAGAAGAAGAAAAUGGACUUCCUUUUCGCAGGAGCCGUCGAGGCCAAGGAUGUCAAGGAAGCCAAGGAAGCCGAGGACACCAAGGAAGCGAUGGAAGCGGAAGAGUCCGAGGAUGAGGUGCCUGCCUUCGCAGCGCUCUCCGCCAUGCGGGCACGCAACAAGGAGGGGCCAUUGGAAGACUUGGGCACUGUCAUGCCGGCAGACGCCGCAGAAGCACAGCCCGAAGCAGCUGAAGGGCAUGCCGCGGAAGCGGCAGUGGCAGCUGAAGCGGAAAGGGCUGAGGGGCCGGACGUGGCAGAGGAGGCGGCGGAGGCGGCUCACGCGGCCGCCGAACUGGCUGAACCAGCUCAAGCAGCUGAAGCAGUUGAAGUCACUGAAACGGUGGAAGCGGCUGAAGCGACUGAGGCAGCUGAAGCGGCUGAAGGCCUUGGAAGCGUAGAGGGUGCAGGCACUGAGCAGCAAAGCCAAGAAGCAGAGGAAGCCAAGGAAGCCGAGGACACCAAGGAAGCGAUGGAAGUGGAAGGGUCCGAGGAUGAGGUGCCUGCCUUCGCAGCGCUCUCCGCCAUGCGGGCACGCAACAAGGAGGGGCCAUUGGAAGACUUGGGCACUGUCAUGCCAGCAGACGCCGCAGAAGCACAGCCCGAAGCAGCUGAAGGGCAUGCCGCAGAAGCGGCAGUUGCAGUUGAAGUGGAAAGGGCUGAAGGGCCGGACGUGGCAGAGGAGGCGGCUGAGGCGGCUCACGCGGCCGCCGAACUGGCUGAACCAGCUCAAGCAGCUGAAGCAGUUGAAGUCGCUGAAACGGCUGAAGCGGCUGAAGCGGCUAAAGCGACUGAGGCAGCUGAAGGGCUUGGAAGCGAAGAGGGUGCAGGCACUGAGCAGCAAAGCCAGGAAGAGGCAGGCACUGGGCAGAGCCAGGAGGAAGAGGCGGAAUCCGCCGAGCAUGUUGUGGAAGAGGCGAGGGACCUGGCACAAAUGGUCAGCACGCCGCCACCAGCAGCAACCCGCACUGAGGCAGCGUCUCCGAAGAAGGUCGCCAAGGCCCGCCAGGAGCCACUGCCGCUGAAGGCCCAGAUCGUGAUUGAGGACAAUGAAAGCGAUGAGCAGUUCGUUUUGUCGACUGACGAAUGGCGGGAGUUCUUCAAGAGCCAGGGAGCUCGUGGAAUGCCAGGGAGUGGCAGGAGCUCAAGCGGUUGCUGCAGGGGCGCAGGGGCAGCAAGAUUUCGCGGAGUACCGUCAGGAGGACCGUCCUGA